GCAAUCCCCAGAGCUGUGUGCGUGCCGCGAGCGAGCCGAGUGUAGAGUGGACUGUCCGCUGCUAGGAGCAGGAAGAAGUAGAAGAAGAAGCCCAGAUUAAAAAAUAACCAGCCGGACAAACUGCUCCUCCAGUCGCCUUGCUGCCUUUUUCUUCAUCCCGAAACAACCAACUCUGAAUUUUUACUAAAUAUGUCUAAUAUCGUCUGCUGUCAAACGCCUCAGGUUAUAAUGUAUGACCAACACAGAAUAAGAACAUCUCUAUAGCCAACGGGUUCCCGAGGACUUGAUUGCAGUCUCUUCAAGCCUGAUAGUUUGCUGGGGUCGAAGCCCUCCCUCUCCCUUCUGCUGCCGCCUGUGUUGUCAACUGGCAUUUCUUCCAACACCUUUCCCAUCCCACUCCUUGGGUGAAGUCUACUUCGCCUGUUAACAAUUCUACUUUUUGAAUUGGCACUAUCCGUGAAUUGAACUUCUACUAGGCAUACUACCCAAAUUCAGCCAAAAUGAUUCCGAAUGGUUAUCUGAUCUUUGAGGAUGAAAGUUUCCUGGAUUCCACGGUGGCUAAAAUGAACGCUCUGAGAAAGAGUGGUCAGUUCUGCGACGUUAGACUGCAGGUAUGUGGUCAUGAGUUGAUGGCCCAUCGUGCUGUGCUGGCUUGCUGCAGUCCAUACUUGUUUGAAAUCUUCAACAGUGACAUUGAACCCCAUGGAGUGUCUCAUGUCACUUUUGAGGACUUGGACCCAGAGGCUGUGGAGAUCUUGCUUAACUAUGCCUACACCGCCCAGCUUAAGGCGGACAAGGGGCUUGUCAAGGAUGUUUACUCUGCAGCUAAAAGGUUCAAGAUGGAGCGAGUCAAGCAGAUUUGUGGUGACUACCUGCUGUCUAAGAUGGAGUCCCAGAAUGCCAUUUCUUUUCGCAACUUUGCCAGCUCAAUGGGAGAUGCAAGAGUUUUGGCCAAAGUGGACGCCUACAUCCAAGAUCACUUACUGGAAGUGUCCGAACAGGAGGACUUCCUCAAACUUCCCCGCCUCAAGUUGGAAGUAAUACUAGAAGACAACCUGACUCUGCCCAGCAAUGGCAAGCUUUACUCAAAGGUGCUCAACUGGGUGCAGCGGAGCAUUUGGGAGAACGGAGAUCAACUGGAUCAACUCAUGGAGGAGGUGCAAUUGCUGUACUACUCACCUGACCAUAAGCUGGUGGAUGGAGGGCUGAUGAUUGAGGGGCACACUGAGGUGUUUGGUGGCGAGGAGGACCACCUUCAGUUUGUGCAGAAGAAGCCAGUACGAGAGAGUACCCAGAGACAGAUGAGCUGCAGUUCCUCGGGAAGCCUUUCACCCUCCAACCAAGCGGCAAAUGCUCCCAAACCGACCACCAGGAGAGAGUGGAAGUACAUUGCCUCCGAGAAAACCACAAACAACACCUACCUGUGUUUGGCUGUGCUGGAUGGUGUGUUGUGUGUGAUCUUCGUGCACGGCCGCAGCAGCCCCCAGACCUCCCCCUCUGCCACCCCCUGUCUGAUGAAGAGCCUCAGUUUUGAGGCCCAGCCUGAGGAGCUGGAAGAGCACCCUUUGUCACCCAUGCAUUAUGCUCGAUCCGGCCUGGGCACAGCAUCACUCAACUCCAGGAUCAUCGCAGCAGGCGGUUACAACCGAGAGGAAUGUCUGAGGACUGUGGAGUGUUACGACCCCAAAGAAGACCGAUGGACCUUCAUGGCUCCUAUGAGAACCCCAAGAGCUCGUUUCCAGAUGACCGUGCUCAUGGGCCAGCUGUACGUGAUCGGCGGCUCCAACGGACAUUCCGAUGAGCUGAGUUGCGGGGAGACAUACGAUCCGUACGCCAACGAGUGGGUUCAAGUGCCAGAGCUCAGGACAAACCGCUGCAAUGCAGGCGUCUGCUCCUUGAACAACCAGCUGUACGUUGUUGGAGGGUCGGACCCUUGUGGGCAGAAAGGACUGAAGAACUGCGAUGCUUUUGACCCAGUGAACAAAACCUGGUCCAACUGUGCCCCCCUCAACAUCAGGCGGCACCAGGCUGCGGUGUGCGAAUUGGACGGUUUUAUGUAUGUGAUCGGAGGGGCGGAGUCAUGGAACUGCUUGAACACUGUGGAGCGCUACAACCCCGAGAACAACACCUGGAGCCUGAUCGCACCAAUGAACGUGGCUCGCAGGGGGGCGGCUGUGGCUGUCUCUGCCGGAAAACUCUUUGUGGUGGGCGGCUUCGACGGCUCCCGCGCGCUGCGCUGCGUGGAGGCGUACGACCCGGCUCGCAAUGAGUGGAGGAUGCUGGGCGGCAUGACCACGUCUCGCAGCAACGCGGGCGUGGCCAUGCUGGGCAACACCAUCUACGCCGUGGGCGGCUUCGACGGAAACGACUUCCUGAACACGAUGGAGGUGUACAACCCUGAGGUGGACGAGUGGACCGACUGCACCAAGCCCCCCUCCCCCGUCCCCGAGUGAAGGGUUAGGAAGUUUCAGUGCUUCUUGGCUUUUCUCCAAACUAACAGGCUUAGUGAUGUAAUCAGUGUUUCGUGAUGUUCCGCGUGUAUGUGAGUGUGUGUGUGUGAGAGGAUAUGAGUGCUUGUUUGGGUGGGGGUGGGAGGGAUAGGUGGGUUUUGACAAGGGGUCUUCAGUGAAGACUAGCUUAUAUUUAGUGGGGGGGUCUUGUUGCCCACAGCAACAUGAAUGAAGCCUUUUCAUAUUGCGUACAUUGUUCUACGUGCUGUAAAUAUUGUUUGUUACUCAUUCUUGUCAUAUGCCAACAUUUACUACACACUUAGUGCUUUUCUUUAAAGUUUUAUCACUUUGGAAGGUUUUCAGCUGAGCUACUUACUACUGGUCACAUAUGAAAGAGUUGAUUUGAAGCCUUACUCACUGUGCAACUUCCUUAACACCUGGAAAGAACCCGAGUGUGCGUCUGUGUGGCAUUUUAAACCAGCUGGAUUGCGUUUUUGAAUCUGAAAUAAUGGCCUUUUUAUAUUUUUAUACACAGCACAUUUCUCAAAUUAGUAGCAGACAGCUAAAGUCAGUAAAUCUAACCAGUGCCAGUUUUAGUUGAGUUGUAAUGUGCACACCACACACGCACAAGCAAGCUUCUGCUAACCAAACAUUACUGUGUGAUGUAAUUCAUGUGUAGAUGCAGUUUUGCUGAACAUCCUCCUGUGUCAAGCAUUGGCAGAUUUUUUUUUUCUGGAAGUUAAGAAUGAGAUUCACAUUUGUAAUAUUUCUUAAUAAAUCAUUUAAAUUGAA